AGGGGGAUUUUAGUAAGAUCACACACAAACAGCUUCCAAUUAGCUUCUUGUCGUCGUGUUACAUGUUUUUUUGGUAGCAAUUGGACACCGAGGGAAACCAGACACACUCGAAGCCUGUAGCUCAUAUGCGAUCAGUUUAUUGGUUUUUCAUUGGGUCAACACAUCGUUCACAUGUGCGUAGUUCUUUUCACCAAGGAACUGUCCAUAUAUGAAAAUAAGCGACAGGAAUCGGCGGCUGACGGUUUGUCUCGUAGUUUGUCUCGUAGUUGGUUUAAACGACAUGACUUAAAUGCGGCAUUUUCGGGAAACCUUUCGUACAAAGCGAGAGGAAAUACCGCCCAUAACAUAGUUAUUUAGCAAUAUCAAUAUGGAUUAAUAGAACGUAUUUUGAGUUUGGUCUACACCAAGGGCAUUUUUCAACGAAAGACUACAAACUACAUUACCCACACGCCCCCCUGAGGCGACCCACUCGGGGUCAAAGGUAGUUCAAUGUAAGGAAACGUCUGCCACUACGGUUGGUAUGUCAACGAUAAGAACAGGUGUGAUUUGUUGAGAUUUUUCUAUCUAAACCUGACUGUUGUUGUUUCUUACCUGGGAGUUGCUGUUUUAUAAAAGGCCUGACAAAGCCGAAAGGUGUGUCGUAGGGAAUACCACAGUGCCACAGUUGACGUUUCACAAGUGCCAUCGCCUUCAGACAUUAGCGGGUUCGAACAUGGCGUCAUCGGACGGAUCUGGGGCUCCAGAGGGCCACAGAGAUGAUGGGACCCAGCUGGCAGACGCGUCCAGUCCCGAGUCAGGGGUCCCAGUGGACCCUGACAGAGCCACCGCAGAGUCAGCAGCACAACAUGUUGACCAGGAGGUGAUCGUGUGCCAGUUCUUCCUGAUCGGAAAGUGCCGUUUUGGAAACAGAUGUCGUCUGUUUCACUGUGAUCCAUCACUGGAUGACUCGAGUGCUGUGUCUGCUCAUCAGGAUGACACGUGGGAUGGAGAAAAGAUAGAGAAACACGAGAAGAAGAAAGGCAAAGUGAACAAGGCAAAAAAGCCAGAAUGCCACGAGGGGAAAGAAGUGAACAAAAAGCCUCGUAUGCGAACAGCAGAUGAGGUUAUCUCUCGGAUCCUGUGGGACCCAUCAGUGGAUUCCUCAGAAUUUGUAGUGGGCUAUGUGGAUCGCUUCCUCGGUGUGCUGGAGCGCCCCUUCUGUGACUUCAGCUGGGACACCAACCCCUGCGACUGUGAUUAUUCUACUGAGCUGGCCCUGCCCAGACACAGGAUCCAGUACUUCACCUACAGAGGGCACCGCGUCUGGGACCGCCACACCAGAACUGACAGGGUGUUUGGCUCCACCGGUCAAUCUCUGGCUCCCCCCUUUGGAAAGGAGGAGGAAGUAAAGGAAGUGAACACAGAUGUCCAAGAGCAACAACAAGACUGCCUUAAAACAACUGAAGAGCGGCCACCUGCUGCCAGUGGGAAGGAAGGAAGUGACACAGAGGAGAUUACUCUCACUGAGAACACACAUCUGGAGGAAGAGGAGCAGAAUGAGAUGAAUAUUCACACCCCUGACUCGACACAAACUCCUCCAACGUGUAGAGAAAACGCAUCUCAGGAACAUCGAGAAUCACAAGGAGCAUUUGCUGUGGAGGAGGCUGCAAACAGACACAAGGAUUCAACAGACAAAAUGUCUCAAAAAGAGGGAGUGACUCUGAAAGGGGAGGGAGAGGAAGAGGCUUUGGCAGGAUGGCAAGAAACAUGGGAUGACAACGAAGAUGCCUCAGGUUAUCCCGAAGCCCCGGACGUUAGCCAGAAUCCGUCAACACCUCUGGAGCAGAGACAGGAGAAACGUGGUGGUCGCCCCCCCAAAAAACGACCCACACACUUCAUCACCUUCAGGGCCAACACUCCUGCAAUCCUCUCCUCUUUCCAGCUGCUGCAGGAGGAGAUCACCUCCCUUUUACCCUCCUCUGCCCCUCACUGGCAGACCGCAUCCUGCCUCCAUGUCACCCUGUGCCUCCUGCAGCUGCACAGCCCAGCUGAGAUAGCCACUGCUGGGGAGAUCCUCCGACAGUUUGCCCAUUUGGAUCGCAACCCCCCGGUGGCUGUGACCUUUCCCGUGAAGCUGAAACAUUUCGGUGGGAAGGUGCUCUUCCUGAGCCCCCAGCCUCAACUGCACCUCCAGCAGCUCAACGGUGGCCUGCAGGAUGCCUACAGGAAGGAGGGCUGGCUCCACAGGGACUCCUUCAGCCCACGCUACCACCUCACUCUGGCCAAGGUAGAGGACAGGGAGGGAGAGAGGAUCUUUCAAGGGGUGGGGGAGCUGAAGUUGGGGAAGGGUCUAAAUUUUGGACGUCUGCCAGUUAACACCUUACAUCUUUGUGCCAUGGGCGGUUCCAAAGUCGAUGGUUUUUAUGAGACUGUGUGCACAGUAACUCUUCGAUGAUGAGAGGAGUGAGCCGUUUCAUAUGCACAUGUAUGUUAUUAUGUGACGUGUGAUAUGCUGCAGCUCCCCUGAGCUGGAUUUGCAUUUACCCUGUGGCCUUACCAACCCAAUUAAAUGUCUGUUUUAACACUUUUUUAAAGACAAAAUGCACGUUUAAUUACAUGUGGCUAAGAUAUAUGUUUAUAUUAUAUAAAUUAUAUAAAACUAUAAUUGUUUAAUGGGCAUAAAGUGAAGUUUGAUGCAGAGCUGCGGGACAGUGUUACAUUACAUUACAUUACAUUCAUUUAGCUCAAGCUUUUGUCCAAAGCAAAAUAAUAAGUGCAUUCAUCCAUGAAGAUAUUACCCAAAAAGUGCAAGAAUCAUGAGACUAAAUAAACAUUUAUCAAACAGCCAAAAACAACCUUAAGUGCUCCAUUAAAACACUAAACAUCACCUGCUGUAGAUGUGCACUUGUGUCAAAUUAACUGUCAGGUCCAGGGGGAAACGCGUUUUGAUGUGUAAUUUUCCAGCCAAUAAAAAAUACUCUAAAGGAU